CAUCCUCCCCUUUUUGUCUCAUUCUCUGUUUCCUCUGCAAUCAGUCAUACAUGCCCCUGACUUUAUGGAUAGCUUGUGGGCCCCACCUGCCUGAUACUCAGACUUGGAGAGUGUUGCUGCUGAUUGAGGAGGAGGCCGGUGGCCAUGGCGACGGCGAAGCCGAUCCUGUACAACUUCUGGAUCAGCUCCUGCUCCCACCGUGUCCGCAUCGCUCUCAACAUCAAAGGUCAACCAACACCUCUGGAGCUGGCUUGCUUUCUUGGUGUGGAUUAUGAGUACAAGUCAGUAAAUCCCAGGACAGAUCCAGACUAUGAAAAAAUCAAUCCGAUAAAGUAUGUACCAGCAUUAGUAGAUGGGGACAUAGUUGUUUCUGACUCUCUCGCCAUCAUAUUGUAUUUGGAAGAUAAAUAUCCUCAGCAUCCUCUACUGCCUAAAGAUCUCAAAAGGAAAGCUCUUAAUCUUCAGAUCGCAAACAUAGUUUGUUCGAGCAUUCAACCUCUUCAAGGCUACGCCGUUAUUGGUUUGCAUGAGGGUAGGUUGAGCCCUGAUGAGAGCCUUCAAGUAGUUCAGCAUUAUAUUGACAAAGGAUUCAGAGCGAUCGAAAAGCUUUUGGAAGGAUGUGAGAGUAAAUAUGCUACUGGAGAUGAUGUCCAAUUGGGAGAUGUGUUUUUAGCACCACAGAUUCAUGCCGGCAUACAUCGCUUCCAAAUUGAUAUGUCGAAGUACCCAAUUUUGGAAAGACUUCAUGACACAUACAUGGAGAUCCCUGCAUUUGAAGCCGCGCUUCCUAAAAAUCAGCUAGAUGCACCAUCAUCAUAAAAAUAAGAUUAGCAAGCUACAUCAAUAUACAUGCUUUUCAGCAAUAAUUUGGAAGGGGAGUCACUGCUUCCUGCAGUACCCUGGGUUAAAAGCUAGCUUACGCUUGUGCCAACACUCAAGAGUAAAUGUUUGCAAAAUUGGUUGUUUCCUAAUAAUGUGUACACUUUUGAUGAACUCUAUUCGCUGCUCAUUCUGAAUAUAGCACUAUACGUGUUAACAAUUGUUA